GAAUUCGUUUUACUCUUGCAUGCCUCAAAUAGCUCUUACUUAACCGUCUAACUCUGCGGCAACAUAUUUAGCGUUAUUGUAAAACACCAAUAUUCCGUUUAAAGAUGUUUUACUGGAUUUGCCGUAAAGAUGGAAACACAAACAAGGCCCUUUCUUUCAUCUAGCAUCAGGGACCUUUUGCAAUUAUGGAGGCCUAAAUGUUGAAUAGAUUUGGGGGGAAGGAGUCUUUCCCCUCAAAGUUGGUGGACUAUUUGAAUGGACUAUAAAGAACUGAAGGAUUUGCCUUUUGUAAAAUACAACACACAUUAGAAGUUAACUUAUUUUUGAGUCAACUGGAAUAUAUUUAUAAGAUUUUGUACAGAUUUGUUUUGUAUUUCCUUUGAUGCUGACGAUAGUUCCAAAUGUGUUGUGGAAUGCGUGGCUGAUAUGGUGGACUGAGAUGAGCUAGAUCUUCAGUCUGGGGCCGCUAGGGUGCCGUGGAACCUCAACACAUGCACAAUUCUAGCGCCCCAAAUUCACCAAUCCAUAACACAUUCAGUAUAUUUUUUUAUUAUUGCUAUUAUUUUAAAUUUCUUUCCAUUGUAGUUGUUUCAGGGAAAUAAUUGCUUGGUAAGUCUGAGAAGUUUAACCAUUAAGCAAAUAUUGUGUGGGGUUUGGGUUAUUUUUUGGGUUUUAGUUUUGCGGGUGGGAAGCAAAAAUGAAUCUGGGAACUCCAGAUUGCACACCGAAGUGCCGUUCUGAAAGGCACGCGGAUGAAGUGAUCUCAGCUUUGACCAGCGGUUCAGAGGCCUGUCUGCGGGCCUUCCUGUCUGUCCACUGUCACAAUUCGGCUACUCUGCGAGAUGAGUUCGGACGCACAGCUCUCCACCUCGCAGCCUCCAUGGGAAAGCGGGAACUGCUUCAGUGGCUUCUGGACUGUAAACAUGCUGACCUGUUGGCGAAGGACAAGGAGUCUGGCUGGACUGCACUGCAUCGCAGCGCCUUCUACGGGCAAAUUCACUGCCUCAUAACCCUCAUCAAGCGUGGAGGAUCGCUGUCCAUGCAGGAUAAGGAGGGUCUUUCUGUGCUGGACCUGACCAUGAAGGACCGUCCAGCGCAUGUUGUGUAUCAAAACACUGACCCUACUGAAGUGUACACUUGGGGGAACAACACCAAUUUCAGCUUGGGACAUGGAAACCAGGAGAGCAGACAGCAUCCUGAGAUCGUGGAUCUGUUUUCAAGAUCUGGAAUCUAUGUGAAGCAGGUGGUGCUGUGUAAGUUCCAUUCAGUCUUCCUGUCCCAGAAGGGUCAAGUGUACACAUGUGGACACGGACAGGGCGGGAGACUCGGGCAUGGUGAUGAAAACACUUAUCUGGUUCCUCGGAUGGUGGAGGGGCUUCUGUCUCAUCACUGUUCACAGAUUGCUGCAGCACGAGAUCACACUGUGGUUCUGACUGAGGAAGGGUAUGUCUACACUUUUGGGCUUAACACCCACCAUCAGCUGGGUCUCGGACCUCCUCCUACGUCCAGCUCAGUUCCCAAACAGGUCACAUCAAAGUCCCUAAAAGGGAGGUCUGUGAUCGGUGUUGCAGCCGGCAGGUUCCACACUGUUCUUUGGACCAGAGAUGCUGUAUAUACUGUAGGAUUAAAUGGAGGCCAACUUGGUUACCUGCUGGAGCCCAAUGGAGAGAAGUGCGUGACCGUUCCCCGACAGGUGUCCGCUUUGCUCCACAAGGAUGUGACCAUCUCUAUGGUGGCGGCCAGCAAUGGAGCCACUGUCUGCGUCACUGAUAAGGGAGACGUGUACCUGCUGGUUGAUUAUCAGUGCAAGAAGCUGGCAUCCAAACAGCUGAACCUGAAGAAAAUUCUGGUCAGUGGUGGUAGUUUGGAUCAUCGUACUGACCCUCAGCUUCUGCAUGAUGGUGGAGGAGAGAAGCUGGUGAUUCUGGCUCUGGAUGAAACUGGAAGAGUGUUUUCCUGGCGCUCUGUGGGCACGUCAGCAAGGCUGUGUCGCUGGGCGUAUGGGCGCCAGGUCUUCGUAUCAGACAUCGCUCUCAGUAAAAACAGCAUGAUGUUUGUCACUCAGGAUGGCGAGGGCUUUAGUGGACAGUGGCUGGGCCAGUACAAGAAAGCUGGAGACAAAAAAGAUGGUUUGGAGGUCUCCAGUAACUCAGACGGAGGGAGCGUUUUUGAACGAAUCCGCCUGGAGAAGCUUCAUUACGUCCACCGAGCUGUCAGCAUCGUCAUGGAUUCUAGCGGACGCAAUUUCGGAGUUUUACAAGUGGAUCCCAAAACCAGCCUGUAUGAAGUGCCCUCGAUCUCUGCGUCCUCCUUCUCCCAGCACCUCCAGCGUCUACUGGCUGAAGCUGAUGAGACUGACAACAUCCACGACAUCACCCUUCAGGCUGGCGAUCGCACCUUCCCCGCUCACAAAUACAUCCUGUCUGUUCGCUCCGACUUCUUCCGGAAAAUCCUGUUGCCAGAGGCCGAGAGAGAGGGUGAUGGAGAGGUGAGGCGGGGAGAGGACGCGGUGGGCUGUGACCUGUUGGUGCUGGAGAAGAUUCCCCCGGAGCUGCUGGAGCAGGCGCUGAACUUCAUCUAUACUGACUCCUGUGAUAUGCUGGUGGAUGGGGCCUGUCCCAUCAUUCCUCGCUGCAACCGGAGCUCCAAGCCGGAACCUGAGGAAGUGCUGGAGCCUGAGUCAGAGCAGCUCAUCCACAGUCUGCAGGUUCUGGGUCUGGAGAAACGCUCCGCUCUAGAUGUCUACCGCUCUCUUCCAGUACAGAUGCGGAAGGAAGCAGAAAAGCCGAAAACAGCAGGCAAAAACAACAAAUCUGGAAAAAAAGUAAAAAAUGUUGCUGAAAAUGGACAAAACCCUGUGAAGAUGCUGCAGGGAGUCGCCAAAAAACUGGGCCUAGGGAGUCUGUCAGCACGGCUGGACGGUGUGAAGUUUGAGAAUGGGAAGAUCAGUGUGGGGUUACAGAAGAAAAGGGGCAACAAGCCUCGAUUCACCCUGAAGAAGGGCUCACAUCUCUGCGACGUUACUCUGCGCUCUGUGGACGGAAAAGAGUUCUCCUGCCACAAGUGUAUCCUCUGCGCUCGACUGGAGUAUUUCAACAGUAUGCUGGGCAGCUCCUGGAUGGAGGCCACCAGCUGCUCUGCGCUUAGUCUGCCCAUCAGCUCUGAGGUCCUGCAGGUGAUCCUAGAGUACAUCUACACCGACGAGUCUCACACCGUCAGAGACGCUGUGAAUAUGGAGUUUGUGUGUAAUGUGCUGGUGGUGGCCGAUCAGCUGCUCAUCACCAGGCUGAAGGAGAUCUGUGAAGUCGUCAUCGCCGAGAAAUUGAUGCUGAAGAACGCUGCAGAGUUGCUGGAGUUUUCCACCAUCUACAACGCAGAGCAGCUCAAACUGUCCUGUCUGCAGUUCAUCGUCCUCAACAUGGCGGCGCUGCUGGAGUCAAAAGCGCUGGAGAUCCUGAGCGAUGACGUCCUCGUGGAUGUAGCGGCUGCGUACAGAAGAACGAUCCCAGCCAUGCAGAGACGGCUGAUCACGCCGUAUGCCGACGCUCCGGAUCUCAGCGCCUACGAGGACCAAGAGUGGGACUCCGCUGUGGACUGUAAAAGCACAUCUGAAGCCGAUCACUCCAGUGAGAGUCUGCUAAAGAAGGCCAAGAUGAGGGCUAAGAAGAAACCGCGGCGCCGCUCCGACAGCUCUGGUGGAUACAACCUGUCUGACAUCAUCCAGAGCUCUCCUAACGACGUCAUCCAGAGCCCUCCUAAUUAUGUCACUCAGAGCCCGCCCACUCCAGGUUUGGGUAAUUCAGUGAAGGCCAGCUCAGUAGACUCUCUGCAGGAGCUCAUCAUGUCUGACUCUGAGGGCAGUUAUAUGGCUGUGGGGAGUCCUCGAGACCUGCAGUCUCCGGUCUUUCAGGAUGAGAGACGUGGACCGGCAGGACUGAAGACUCCUCCGGGAACCCCUGUUUUGAAGAACGGCCCUGUGCCUGUCCAGUCUUCCACUCCUGAACACAUCCCUACGGUCAAAGCCAGACCAGCUCCUGUCCUGGACCUCAGGGCCAUCAUGGAGAUGGAGGCGAACUCUCUGAAUCUGGGCGCCACUCCUAAAGCCAUCAGCGGAUCGAGCAGCAGCAGCAAGAUCUCCAUCAUUCCCAGUAAACUGUCCCAGAAGCAGAGGAAGAUGUUGGCUCAGGCGUCCAGAGAGGGCAGCACUGAGAGCGUCUCUGCCAAAUCACCACCGCCUGCUGCGCCCAUCAAACCUGUGAAAACCUGGUCGACAGCGGUCCAGCCAUCGCUCUCCUCCUGCUCCUUCCGGGAUCUUUUAGCAGAGGAGGAGCGGCGUGGAAAAGCACCCCCCGUUUCUCCAGUGGCUGCAGGACCAGCAUUGUCAAGUGCCAAAAGAGUGACGUUCAAAUGUGCUGAGAAUAGUGACCCGGAAAAACCAGCAGGCCCCUGGGUGCUGCGGGCAGCUGGAAGUCCGCCGUCCAUGUCCACAUUUGCCUCUAUUGUGGAGGAGGAGAGACAGCAGGAAGCAGCUCUGAUCCGCAGCCGAGACAAACCACUCGCACUCAUACAGAUUGAAGAACGAGCCGUUCAGGACCUGUUAAUCCAUUACAACGCAUUUAACAACCCAGAUGAGCUGAUACUGGUGGAGAGGUCAGAUCAAGGCCCAGUCGCCACCCCGACCUGGAACAAACACUGAACCCUCACAGUAACCAUCACACUUACACCUAGGAUUACAGCAGUAUUCAUCUGUGUCAAUCUGAGUUCUGUUUCCCAACAUUGUUCUGCAUUAGCCACACUCGUUUAACUCUACUGCUUUAACUCUGCUGUUUCCUCUUGAGAAUAUGAAAGAGAAACUCUGGAGAGUCGCCACAUGUGCCAAAAUAUGUUUGCUGCAUCGUUUCUCUCUUUAUUUUUUUAUGAUCCAGUGGUUUAAUGAUCUGCAUCUCACAGGUAGUGUGUGUUUUUUUGCAGAUUUAACACGCAUAUCGCUACGAAUCGGUGUUAAUUUUGUCAAUGAAAAUAAGGUGGCAAAACGUUCGCUUAUAGCUUAACACAUACAGGUCAUUUGCACUAGACGCGGUCACCGAUCUGCUUAUUUAAUGAAUGAACAAGGUUAUUGUUGACGAUAAACAGAUAAAAAGACUAAAAUGUAGUCAAAAAAUAAAUAUGUUAAUUUAUAAUUUCCUGCAUUGCCUGGCUCUUUUAUUAAAUAAACAGAUCUGAGGGCAACAGACCUGUCAAUAUUCUUUGUCAAAGCCAUUUUUGUUGACGAAAUGAUCUCUGCUGUGAAAGUUUGUGACUAGAUAGAAAAAUGUAAUCAGCCAUACAAAGCAAAAGACUGUUUUAGGGGCUGAUUUAAAAGAACACCACAACAACAAAAGAGAGAUUCACACACAUGCAUUUUUAUUUGCUUUCUCACACAAUCAACAUAACAUUCUCAUUUAGGGCUGGGUCUAAUAAUAGGUUUUUUGUUGUUGUUAAAGGGAUAGUUCACGCAAAAAUGACAAUUCUGUCCUUCACUUGUUCUAUAUGUGUUCGAGAUUUUUCGUCUUCUGUUGAACAGAUUUGAAGAUAUUUUGAAAAAUGUGGGAAACUGGUAACAAUUGACUUCCAUAGUAUUUGUUUGACUUGCUAUAGCUGUCAAUGGUUACCGGUUUCCGAAAUUAUUUUUGCUCUUAUAGGAAUAACAAAUACUAUUGAAGUCAAUGGUUUCAAAAAUUCUUCAAAAUAUCAUGUUUUUUUUUUAUUUUUUCUAAACAAGAAUUUUGGAAACCGGUAACCAUUGACACCACUUGUAGAAAAAACAAUUGCUAUUGAAGUCAGUAACUAUUGACUUCAGUAGUAUUUGUCAUCUGUUUUUUUUUUUUUUGGGUUUUGUUUUUUCAGCAGGAAAAAGAAAUUUUUGAAACCAGUAACUAUUGACAGCUCUAGUAGGAAAAAUGAAUACUAUUGAAGUCAAUGGUUACCAGUUUCCUGCAAAGGGAGUCAAUGGUUACCGGUUUCCAAAAUUGGUACACAAAUUGAUUUAAAAAAAAUAAAAAAUACUAUGGUUACCGGUAACCAUAAACUUCAGUGGUAUUUGUCAAUGGUUACUGGUUUCCAAAAUUCUUCAAAAUAUCCUUUUUUUUCAGGAAGAGAAUUUUGGACACCGAUAACCAUUGACACCACUAGUAGGAAAAACAAAUACUAUUGAAGUAAAUGGUACCAGUUUCAUACUGAGGGUGUCAACAACCAGUUUCCAAAAUCAGUACUCAAAUUGGUUUACAAAAAAUAAUAUAUAUAUAUAUAUAUAUAUAUAUUGAAGAAUUAUGGUAACCAUUGACAUCCUUUAUAGGAAAAACAAAUUACUACUAUUGAAGUCAAUGGUUGCUGGUUUCCUACUAAGGGUGUCAAUGGUUAUUGGUAACCAUAAGCUUCAAUAUUAUUUGUCUAUGGAUGCUGGUUUCCAACAUGUUUCAAAAUAUCUUCUUUUUUCUGCUGAACUGCAAAAGAAAAGAAGAUAUUUUGAAGAAAAAACAAAUACUAUUAAAGUCAAUGGUUAUUGAUUUCCUCCAAAGGGUGUCAAGGAUUACAGAUAACCAUUGACUUCAGUAGUUUUUGUCAAUGGUUGGUUUCCAAAAUUCUUCGAAAUAUCUUCUUUUUUUUCAGGGAAAGAUAUUUUGAAGAAUUUUUGGUAUUUGGUAAACAUUGACACCCCUAGUAGGGAAAAGAAAUACUAUUGAAGUCGGUGGUUACUGGUUUCCUACUAAGGGGCGUCAAUGGUUAUCGGUAACCAUAAACUUUAAUGGUAUUUGUCAAUGGUUACCGGUUUUCAAAAUUCUUCAAAAUAUCUUCUUUAUUUGUUCAACAGAAACAAGAAACGUUUUUAAAGCACCUUGGAGUGGGUAAGUAGUGAGUAAAUUUCCAUUUUUGGGUGAACUAUGCCUUUAAAACAUUAUUCUAAUAUGAAUGGGACGAUAGAUUUAAAAAGUAAAAUUUAAUUGUUUGUUCUUUGAAUACCUCAGUUAUUUUUGCUUCAUGUUAAUGAGGAGAUAUUUGCAGUGGCAUGCAAUAAAGAGUUGAAUGUGAGCAUCA